AUGGCUGCUUGGGAACAGACGUCACCAAUGAUCAAGUUCGAAGAUUCGCCUGCCGAGUCUUUUGUUUCGACUCCGGGCGAGCUCUAUCCAUCCCUCUUCGGCGACGCCGCACCCUUGGCCGCCGAUGAUACCACCGUCAACCCCUCCGAUAUGUUAACUCCUCCGCCCUUCACCGAGGACAACCCUGUCUCAACCCCGGACACCGACUCUCCUUCGACUGGGAAGAAGCCCGUGAAGAAGAGGAAAUCCUGGGGUCAAGUUCUCCCGGAGCCCAAGACAAAUCUCCCACCAAGGAAAAGAGCGAAGACUGAAGAUGAGAAAGAGCAGCGUCGAGUCGAGCGCGUCCUCCGUAACCGCCGAGCCGCUCAGUCUUCUAGGGAGCGCAAGCGUUUAGAGGUCGAGGCUCUCGAGAGGCGGAACAAGGAGCUCGAGGCAGCCCUUUCAAACGUCACCAAGGCGAACCAGCUCCUGGUCGAAGAGCUGAACAAAUUUCGCCGUGACUCUGGCAUGCUGACUCGGUCAUCAUCGCCUCUCGAUCCUCUCCGAUCCAACACUGUCACCCUAUCACCAGAGCUUUUUGGCUCUCAUGAUGGACACCGUCCCUCUGUCGAUGAGACGAAGAAUCUCGUCGAUGAUUUGAUGACUACGUCUCAUGGCAAUCCGACCGUCAACCCCGCGUCGCUAUCCCCCGAGCUUUCGCCAAUCGCAGAAGAUGACGAGGCAGAUGCCGAGGACAACGAAGUGGUCGAGACCAACGUGAAGUCCUCCGACUUGACACAACGUCCUGCAGCGAUGUUUCUGUCGGCGGCCCUUGACACAGAUCGCUAUGUCCUUGAAAGCGGGCUUCUCUCUUCCCCCAACUCCCUCGAUUAUGAACACGAUUAUCUGGCUGGUAACUCUACCGCCUUCCUCCAGGACCCAUUCGACAUCAGUGAAUUCCUCAACGACGAGGUCAACGGCAGUGUCUCAGACACGAACGCGGUUAUCGGCACAGCCGUCGCAGCGGACCCGGACUACGGCCGCGACUCUACCAACUCUGAGACUCAAGUCUCUUCAGAGAAUCCUAACCUGCAGCCCCACUCUGGCGCGUCCACUUAUGGAUGCGACGAUGGAGGCAUUGCGGUUGGUAUCUGA